GGGAGCGGGCGCCGCCGAGCGGGCGCUGGGAGCCGCGGGGUCCCGGCAGCGCCGCCCCGUCCGGCCGCGGCGGCCGCGGGAGGCAGGGAGGGAAGGGGAGAGGGAGGGAGGGAGCGGGGCGUCGUGCGCGGGGCUCCCUCCUUCCCCGGCGCUCCCUCCUUCCCCGGCUUAGUCGGGGCGCGAUGGGAAUGACAGCGCCGUGCGAGGACGUGUCCGCGUCCCGACCGCGCUUAUCCGCAACUUUGCGUGCGGCGGCGGGCUCGGGGUAGCGAGCGCCGUCUCUUUUCCAUCGAACGUCCUGUCUCGCAGGGCUGCUGCCACGCGAAGGAGGGAGGUGCUUUGUUUUGAAAUCCGCCUUAAGAUAAUCGAAACCCAACGCUGUUGCUGCGACGAGACCCCUUCUGCAGAGUGUGCGGACCGCUGUGGUAGUCCAAAAGCACAACUUCCUCUUUUCUGUGUGUGGUUUUUUUCUAUUCCUGCCCCCCCCCCCCCCCGUCUCUCAUGUAAUCCAUUCAGAAAUCGCAGCACAGAACGGGCGGAGGGAACAAGGAAUCGCUUUGUUUUUAAGCGUUGCACGAAGCAAUCCGUGCUUUGUGAUCUGAAAGCCAAAUAUCUGCAGAGCGCCGAGCGGUCGCCCAAAAUUUAAGUGCUGUUCUGCAAACGCGGAAGGGAGGAAUGCAAACUCUUAAUUAAUAAAGUUAACAGCGGGGAGCACAGCUACAUGCAGCUGCAGCGAGCGUAUAACCCCGGGGUCACGUCCUGGGGAGCAGUUUUUAAGACUUUUCUGAUCUAAAUCUUAAGCAAAAAUUCAGUGGUGGAGGAAACUUGAUACAAAUGACGUCUUUGCACAACUUUAUCUGUAAUCAGAAGGCUCAUCCUUGGAUGAAUGGAAAUUGCACAGCGUUGGGUUGUGUAACUCUCGUUGCUAAGCCUUGAAGGACAUCAGGAACGUGCCAGGAGAGCUCAGUUUGUGGCCCCGGUGAUGGCUGUGAAGAUAACCUGCAGUGUGACGGGAUGCACAGUCAUCUUCCUGCGCGUGCAAACAGGGCACCGCUGCUGUGCUGUUGCACGGAGCUCUGCUCGUGGGGAGCAGCAAAGUUGACAGAACUCGGUGGUUUUAGUGCAGGGCUGUGGGAAGCAGAGAGAUGUCGAGAGCCAUGCCAGUGUCGUGUUGCUGCACGCCAGGAACAGCGGAGGCAAAUGCACUUAAGUUAAUUAGUAGGAAAGAGAACCUAAAAUGGUAGAAACUGGGGGGAAAAGAAGUGUGUUCUCUGUUGCAGCAGUGAUACUGAUGGAGAAAGCGGGCAGCGGUGUUCCCAAAUCCUGCCGAGUGGUGGGGAAUGAGUGUUUUUUUCACAGUUAUAAGGGUCUUACAAACCUGAAUCUGAUGUGGGAAAAGCGCUUAUGAAAAGAGAUUAGCAGUGCCCUAUAUUUAUUUUUUUAACCACUUCUUUAGCAGACUGUGCAGGUGAACGGCUUUCUGUUUCCCUUUAGGCAUCAGUGAAACAGUUCCAUGUUAUUUCCCAUUCCUUUGGCUUUUUCUGUCAAGCCUGUAUAGGGCGUACGCAUCUGUUCUCUGUUAUUUGUUUUGUGACGAGAGAAAGCUGUGGUCUGUGUGGUAAAAUCAGGAGCAUUAAGGGAAUCUGUUAAUCUUUGCAAUGGAAAACAUUGUUGCCGCUGAGGUGUGGGAAGCUUUAUCCUUUACUUAGGAAAUCCCUUUUCCCCAGUGCACAAAAGAAACAUAGGGAAUCCAGGGUGGGAGCAAAGGGAGGCAUGCUUUGGGUUAUCAGCAAGUUAAUUGGAUCAAAUACUCUGUUAUCUCUAGCAUCUGCUUCCAGUCAGGUUUCUGCUGGUAAGGUGAGGUUUUUAUUGGAGGGGCUGGGGUGCUCUGUACAACUUGCUUCUGAGCCUUUCUUCAGGUGUCGUUUCUUCCAGAAAUGGCCCAAAUGUGUAGGCAGCCCAGUGCAGCACAGAGGGCAGCAUUUGCUUUUGAUCUCCGUUACAAUACAGUGCUCGUUUAGGGAAAACAAGCUCGUAUUUUGUUGUCACCGUGCUGCCCUACAAACUUGUGGCCUGAUUAUCAUUGCUGGGAUUACUGUUUUCUUUCACACUGAAUACCUCUUUCAAAUAGUAUUGCCACUCUAUUUCCCAUGCUUUGUUUACUUGCCAUGUUUGAGCUGGUCCAGAGGCCAUGAAAAACAUGUGUAAUUUUUGUCAGCUCCUAGGUUGGGAGCUGAUGCAUGGAGUCAGUCAGCACUGACCAGGAGCUGUUCUUGGCUAUUGGCAAAGCCUUCAGCACUUCAGAAUUUCGUUAUCAGACCAAGAACUCGAAACUUGGGCUGCGGUUCCAGUGUACGCUGGGGCAGACAGGUUUUCUGACUAAAAUUUGUUUUGUGGCUUGGCUGGUCUGGCAGUUGGGUGAACCAAGAGCAUCAUUUCUGUGCUACACGCUUCUGAGUGUGCAGUGAGGUGUGUUCAUGAAAGUACAGCUGUGCUUAACCCAGCUGUCCAGCUUCUUCCUUCCUCCUUUCAGAUGUUGCCUUAAGUGCCACUGUGGCUGCCCAACCAAGGCAGCCAGACUUACAGAAUACCAGAACAGGGACUGCUUCACCCCUUACCUGCUGCUUUGUGUCCAGUGUGCAGCCCCAACCUGAUGCUAUGCUAUGUCACGUAGCCACUCACAUCACACGUACUCAUAAUAACCUCUAUAAGCUAAGUGUGUAUACAUAUGAGGUAGAUAAGUCUAGCGAUACGGUUGCAUCCUGCCACACGCUGGUACUGCUACUGACUAAAGCAGGAACAACCUUUGGUGCAUCGGUAGUCUUCGGUGAGCACUAUCAAAACAGCGCCAUUCGUUCUGUUUGCACAGCUCUCACCGCUGUCACGUGUGAGAAACGUAUCUGAAUCAUUAAUCAUAUCCCAUGGCGUUAAGUCAAACUUUUGUCUUUCCUGAGAAUUUUAACAGCGUUAAGUCAAACUUUUGUCUUUCCUGAGAAUUUUAACAGCUUUCUAAACACUAAAUUUCGAAACUCAGUUACCAUGGGAGUAAAAGAGCUGGCUGAAACUGGAAUGCGGAAACUCUUGUGCCUGGGCAUGAGACCCCUUCACAUGUGCCAUGUAGCACCAGUGUGAUCUUGUCAGCCAGGUUUGCCUCCUGCUUCCGGGCACAUUGUGUCCUACUGUCCUGCCAGCUCUGGUGCUGAACAGCACUGCAGCAAGUGUGUGCACAUCUUUACUUCUUCCAACCUGGCACCACUGUUCAGUUCAAACCACCUGCUGUCAUCAGGGCAGCCAUUGUUUAUCAUACUUCACAUAAUUGUGCUAGGGGAAAGAGUGGUUUGUAUACACAAUAACAGUCUACUUUCUCAUCACUGAUACCACCAGCUGCUGCUAGCAGACUCUGGUGAUUGGCAAUAAACUGGCAAAAUAAAGGUAAGGCAUUGUAGACAGGUUGAAGGAAAUUAAGAUUUUACCUUGAGCACAGUCACAGAUGUUUCCCUUGGCUCAAGCCCUGUAUGCUCAUGGAUUCUUGAGCAGUUAGGAACUUUUUAUUAAUGGAAACAUAAAUUAACACAUUUAACUAAAAUAUGAAAGCUUCAUUAAAAUCCAGGGUGUGACUCAAGUAAGCAUGAAAGGUGUAUAGAGUUGAUCGAACACUGAAGUUUGUGUUAAUGUAUUGAUUUCAUCAGGAGAGAGCAACGCUGUAGGUUUGCACUGUAGUUUGCUGAUCUGAUGGUUGCUUUUUGGAGUAGGAGUUCUCCUGUCACCUACAGUGCAGUCCUGCUUUUUCCUUUGUGCUUGCUGUAAAGCACUCGUGGUGAGUUGAUUCAGUGAGGGAAAUUGUCAAAAUACUGUAGCAUUUGAGUUCUCCAAACCUGCCCACAAUCAAUUUUUAUAUUGCAUUUUAGUCUCUUUAUUUUUGAGGAAGAACAUGAGCGUUAGGAGAGAAUGCAAAUAGCAACUGACUUCACAGGAUAAAAUCAGGUUGGGUGAUAGGAUAGAGAUGUGUACAUGUAGAAGCAGCAUGUUAAGAGUGGAGCAACAAGAGUGAUGAAAGAAGAGUAGGUCACAUGAAUGACAGUACCUUAAGCAAGUGUUCCUAAGGGGGAAAAAUUAGGUAAGGAGAACAAUGUUGUAUUUAUGAAGUAGAUAAUCUCAAUUAACGGUGCUCUGUCUGUAAGCUAUGAGGGGAUGUGACCUACCCAGAUAAUUCAUCUGCCCGUUGCUCACCUAACAGUGGCUCUUCUUGCUGGGCAACCAGACAGCAAAUUACACAGUAAGUGUGUUGUUCUUGAGUGGUGGCAGCCACCGUCAUCUCCAAACUGCUGCCAGUCUGCAGGCUCUCACCCCAUCCCAUAAUCUCACAGAAGGUGAGCGCAUGAAUGCAAAUCUGUUUAGGAAACCUUCUCCACCCCCUUUAGCAUUCUUUUCCCAACCACCUCCAUUUGUUUACUAUCUUAGACAACUUCCAGACCUUGGGAAAACAUUUGGUUCCAAUCCAGUUUGAAUAUUAUUGGAUUGAUAUAUUGGAUUGAUUUUUGAGAUGCUGGAAAAUGUCAAGAAAUUAAUGCUACAGACUUAUUAUACUUUCUGCAUUUACAAGCCUCUUGAUUCUAUGAAAUGAGAAAUAUUCUGUUUCCAUUUGAUAGGAAUAUAUUUCAAAGUUCUGUCAACAUAGGAUGGCCUUUGGAUUUUAGUGCUUUCUAGAUUGAGAGGUGUAAGUCUGCAUGUCCAGGGACUUGUACAGCCUUUCCAUGUUUAGAUACUUGGCCAUUUGGAAGCAACCUUUUCAAGAAGGUUGACGUGGUACCGAGUCAAGAAGAUGUGAAAUUGAGUGUAUUGGACUUUUCUGCCACUUAGGAAAUUGCAGAAGAUGAUAAGUAUUAGAAAUUUAAUGGAAGGAGUACAGUCUGACAAAGACACGUUGGACAAAGUUGCAAGUUUAACAAGAGGCACUGAGUGGGGAGACUAAGAUUUUAUCAGGCUAUAGGCCAAAGAAGCUAAAAGUAGUUCCCAUUGUGGUUUCGAAGUGUCUGCCAUUCAUGUAAGACUCAAAGCUCUGUUCCAUUUCUCCUGUUGUUUUCUAUCACAUUUACUGUUGGCAUCGUUUCUUUCUUCACCAGCCCAACUUUUAAUAGGGGAGAAAGCUUCACAUGUUUGUAAUAAUGGGGUUAUGGAUGAGAAGGUAAGAGGAACAGCAUUGGUAAAACGCAGAGAGAGUGUGCAGAGAGACUUAUUUACAGCAUCUCCUGGAAAAGAUGGGAGAUGAGGCAGAGUGCCCACCCUUCUAUUGAUUUGUGGAAUGAAACUUGAAAAGCAAAAUGUAUCAGGAUGGUUUUGUAGGCUGGAUUGAACUGAACCAACAAGUUUAGCUUUUAAUACUGUGAUUCUUUUUUAAAUAGUUUUCAAAAAUGCUUUAGCUAGUCAAGUGUUAUUGAGUGACUGCUAUGAUGAAAAUCCUUGAAUGGACUUCUCUUAGCAGGUAUUCUAUUAUUUGAGCAGCUUAAUAUGUUCUGAUUUUUAAACAGAAAGUUGAUUUCAUUACAGAAGGUCAAGGGUGGCUUUUAGAGGUUUUCUUUUGCUUCCUAUCAUAGUUCUAACAGCCCCUGGUUUUGGCAACAAGUAAUCCUAAUUCUCAUGUUUUAAAUGCGACUCAGGUUGAAUUUGAGGUGGGGAUUUGUGGGGGCAGGUUUAGACAGCAAAGUUAGCAGGAAAAUUUGAAAUGCCAUAGGUACUUAAAAGUGGGUUGGGGGUAGGUGUGUGUGAAUGUCUCUGCUGUUCCACAAGCAUCUCUCCUGAUGCAGACAGUUUCUUUCCCAUUUAAUGGACGUCUGUGAACGUGCUGCAGAAAGUUUCCUGCUUAAUUCUUGAAAACUCUGUUCUUGCAAGCACUUUGAGGUAUAUUCACACUGACAUUAACGCCAGUCCUGAGGGCUUCCUUCUACUUAGCAGAGUUGGCAAAGCUGCUGCUUUUGCAACCUGUACUCCGUAGCAGGGCAUGCAUGGAUUUUUUUAUUACUAUUGUAAAGUCCUUCAGCGAAACUUCUAGCCGUCAGAUUUAUCACGUGCUUGGAGAAUGAAGUGAACUUGGGACAAGUAAGAAGUGGGACUAUUGCUGUAGUCUUUCUGUGUUCUAUAUCUGCAGCAUGUCCAACAGACUCAUUUUCAGCCAUACGGCUGAGCGGAGCUUAUGAUCUUUAUCUGAACUGUUGCUGGGAAUCAAACUGAGAUGUUUCUAAUCUAAUGUUAGUAGCUGAUAGGUCUGGAUUUGAGAAGUACCACUACACGGACCCUCACAUUACACCGCACCUUACAGAAGCUGAAACAGCUGAAGGAAUUAAUUUAUGGCCGUGGAUACAAACAGAACAGUUCAGCUUCCUUAUUUCUCAACUUACGGCAGUUUUCCCUGGGUAAAAGCUCCUUUGGCAUGUGGAAAAUUGAGUUCUUCCUACACUUCAGAGUUCCUGCUGUUAAGUGAGGCAAUAUCCCUGUGCUUUAGCAGAAGAAAUAGUCUCUUUUCAUCAAGAAGUAACUGGGUACUCGUGCUUGAAAGCUUCAUAGAGCAGAAAGUGGCAUUUCAAGUGCAUAUUUGGUGUGGGAGACCCAAGUCCAGUGUCAGAUCUUAUUUUUUAAAGAGCUUGUCUAAUAAAAAUGACUGGAGUAUGUGAGCUGUGGUGAGAAUUAUUCCUGGGUGUUACUGAUACCAUAUUCAACAGCAUUUUCUUUCCACAGUUCAAGUUAGUUUGUUAGUUAAAGAACUUCUCAGAGUUCUGUUCAGCUGAUAAUCCAUGGAGGUAGAAUUGCAAUACACCUUUGCAAAAAGGUUCCUCACUGAAAACCAACAAACGAAACCCUCAGGAAACAGUAUUACCACCGGGGGUUUGAGUUUACUUUGUGGAUUUUUGGUGCUGUUCCUAAUAGAACCACUGCUUUACAUAGCAUUAUUUGCAUUUGUUCAGAAGAGUGGCUCACUGAAUGCAUCUCAUUCAUGGGUACUAUCUGUCCUGUUUGAAUGGCAAAUAAAUUCUGAAGAAUGGAAAAAUAGCAUGUCGUUAUGUCAUUUUAAACUCCUCUGGAAUAUGUGACUGAACAACCUCCAUUACCUGACUUUUUUUAGUCUCCACUGAAUUGCCAGUCCUUUUUAUUAUUUUUUUUUUCAAUUAUUACUCUAUAAAUUGUAGCUUACUUCUUGUUUAGCUCCAAGGAGUAUGCGGUUUUGUUGUCUUUGUUUUGGUUUUUAUUCAGUCUUCACAAUAGAGGGAUAUUUGAAGGAAAAAGGUCUGAGAAGCACCUGCUUGAUGACAGAGUUGAUCAGAAAGACCACAUUUUGGCCCGAGCACUUACCUGCUACAAGCAGAGGAUUUGAAAAUACGACAGUGCGUUUUGUUGAGUCAUAAGCAAAACAACAAAACAAGCCUACUUGUCCUAAAUACCUUUCUGCAUGUCUUCUGCACUAGCUCUUAUUUUUGUCUCUUGCCUGUCUUGAACGCGCUUCCUUCCUAUUCUAAAUUUAUCACAAACUCAUUGGGAAGUUCAGCUGAACAACUUGGAAUUUUGUAAGUAUUGUUUCAAAUGCGUAUCUUGGAAAAGACAGUUUCAUUUUCACAGCUGAAACAUUCAAAGUUUAUCAUUUGGCUCUGAAGGGCGUUCCAAAGUGCCUUUAGUUUUUUCUUUGGCAGUAGAUGAAAUGCCUUAAAGUUCCAAUUCUUCUCAUUUAGAAAGUCAGUGAAACAAAAUUGGAGCUUUGGCAUUAUAUUGAUGUUAACAGUGGAAGUAAAUGGGUAUCUCUUUGGCUCGCUUUACUGUAGAAUAAGGAUCAUUAAAGCCAAUGCAGUGUUUGAGUUUUCUAAAAAGCUGUGUAAUGCUACAGUGCUCUAUUUUAUCCUAUACAGGUAACUAGAAUGAUUUAUCCAACCUCAAGUGUCUGAAGUAAUAUUUGAAAGAAGCUAUUGCAUAUGUCUCACAAUUUAUUCUGCACUGUAACAGUUUUAAUCUUUCAUUUGCCAAGUAGAAAAUAGAUUUUGACACUGAGGAGACUAAGUUAAAUAUUUGUGACAGUGUCUUAAUUUGUGAUGUCUCAGGUCAGUGUCAUUCUGCUGCUGGUAAUGACAAAUGUAAAUGUUCUGCUGUGGCUAAACAUGUUUAGGAGCCAAAGAACCUGUAGUGCUUUAAUCUUGUAAUGCACUGCUUCUUCUGCUUCUUUACCAGCAUUCCUUGCAUCUUCCUAAAGGAAAGCCUGAUUUUAUUGGGAGAGGUUUGGUUGGCACUAUUAGCAUCUAAGCAAGUGGAGUUCCUGAAGUUGCCAUCAUCUGUUGGACAUUUCUUGGGAUAAUUUUCUAGCGUGCUAAUAAAGCAACUGACGGAAAUCUGACCAGCACAGGUGUCAGGGAGUGUGGCUGGAUGCAGGAAGAGGGAAACUCCCCUUUGCAGUGGCAGUGAGCUGCUGUAUUGUCACGUGCUACCCUCAUUUGGCCACAAGUAUCCAUGAGUUCUCUGACCAAGAAGCAGUUUUUUCAGGGGUGAGCAUAUCAGUAGUUCCUGCUAAAGCUCUUUGACUGUGCUGCUGAAAUGUUCUGCCAGAAGUAAGAUUGCUUUUGGUUGACUGGUCAUAUGGGGUGUUGGACACCUAGAUCUGAGCCCCUUUUCUGAAUUGGCAAGGCUAACUCUAGUCACUCUUCUAAUUUAAAUGCGCAUUUGUGAGGGUUGAGAGGGCAUCCUGUCUGGUGGGGAUUGAAGUGUGGAAAGGCCUGGAACAGGCCAACUUAAUUCAUCUCUGGAGAGCGAGCGAUGAGAAGAUUUAGUAUGAUGUGACCUCAGAACCAUUUCCUGAGAAUUUCUGCUUGGUCCUUCCCAACAACUUUCACAUAUCCCCUGUCGUAUUCCUCUUUUCUUCUCUGCCUGAACUGCAGCUGAUCCUCUUGCUUUAGUAUCCCCCCUACCCUAUGCUGUUUCAUGUGCAACCAGGUGUUCCUUUUACCUUAACCCAGUUUACAUGGCAGUGGGGGAGAAGGGCAAGACAUGGCACCUGAAGUCAGGGCCUGUCACUUAAUAAAGUGAUGUUAGAAGUUAAACCUCACUCUUUUACUGUUCAAUAAUAUAGGACAGAAAGGAUAUAACUAGCAAAUAGUACGUUACUGUAGCCAGCCUGUCAAGGAGGUGAUGUGUUUUGGAACAUGCUCCUGGGCAUAUGAUAGAAAGAUGGGUACAGUCUGAAUAUUUCUGUGACUGCAUUUGUGCUAGAAAGGCAUCACAGCUUCAAAGAGUAUCUGUAAUUUUAAGCCUCUCUCAUUUCAAAACUAUUGCCCCACAUGCAUUUCUUCUGUUUGUUUUUAAGAGCACCUUUUAGAUAGCUUUUUAAACAUGAAUUGGAUUUGGCUGGAUGUCUAAAGCAAGAGAGGAGCACAGUUAGAUAAGUUAAUAGUUACAAUAGAGUAAGACAAAAGAAUACUAGAAAUCAGUCGUAGUGAGACAACAAACAUGCAACUUUAAUUUCACAUAGUACAUGGCAGGAAUUUAAUAUUGAUUAUAAAUACUCUAUUAACUGGUAAGCACUGUAGUCACUGUGGUACACUUAGUCUGUAAUGCUUCUGUGAGGUUUCCUAAUAAAAAGCAAAUCGUGUUUUAUUGUCAUGCUUCUGUGAUUCUUGUGCAUCGUCUUUAAAGAAAUAGUGGUAACCGUUAGGUGCAGUUUUUAACAUGUUGAAUAAAAUUCAGUGAAAACUUGCAUUUUUAUUUUGAUUUAGACUUGCUGGAAGCAGUAUGAAAGAUAUAAAAUAGAUGUAGGGGAGAAGUAAUUUUUAAUUCUUCUUGCCAUACUUCUGACAAUAAAUCUGACAGUGAAUGUGGAUCAGGAAUGCAAAAUAGAGUUUGCAAGAUAAAUUCCUGUCUGUCUAUUGCAGGGAAGGAUAAAGACCACUUUCUAUUGUCUACUUUCUUCCUCUUUGCUUAUCUUAUUGGUAACCUCCUGUUCCCACACUGAUUUCCUUCAGCAUGAGAAUAUCUGUGUAGUCACUCUGCAAACAGCUGGAAUGGUUUCUGCCCUCAUCUAGAGGCUGCCAUCCUUUAUGUGGGUCUGUGUUAAUGGAUUAUGGGAGUGCUUCUAAUCUGCUUCAGGAAAAAAUCAGGUGAAAUAGUUUAAAUCAUCUUUAGAGUGGUAUGCUUUUAGAUGUAAUUCGAGCUAAUUAUCUGAUUUGGGCACUGGAGCGGAUUAAGAGCACUUCUGCACGACUUUUAACUGGCAAAGCUCAGCUGAAGGAUAACUGCCACAGUUAAAUUUGGGUGUGUAAUUAGUACAAGGCAUUCUGGUGUUGUGCUUUGCCUUUUUACCCUUCUUUGCUCAUUUGUGGUUUGGACUACGUUCACACCUUUUUCCUUUCAGCUUGUUCAAUUAGGGCAUAAUUAAAUUUAUCUAUAGGUUUCUCCAGAUUCUGUACAUACAGUUGAGUUUGGUCUGCAGGCAGCUAUGUCUAUCUGCAUAAUGCAAUAUGUCAAGUCACUGAAGGGUUCAGCAGAAUUUAAGCAGACAUGUACAGAGUUAAAUAAAAUUAAGUCUCAUGCUCUGACCUCAGUCACUGAACUGAAAUUGCUCAGGGUAGAUAGACAGUCUGGUUCUGCUCUGAUGUUUUCUUUGUAUUAUCCACUCUAAAACAUUAAUUUUUAUAUUUGCAUUAUACCUUGCAGUAGAAGUCAAUAGGACAAUAUUGCAACAGAUAGAGCUGAACAGGUGUGCUAUGAAAGGUCCAGCUUCUUGAACUAAACGGAACCUACAACCAGAAAGAACAGCAGAAAAAAAGCAUAGUCAGGGAAUUCAGGUAACUAAGAAUUGAUUGCAGUAGGAGGAAUAGCAGAUGUAUUAAGAGAGAUACUAAAGAGUACAUUUUUAGGGAAUAGUAUAUUGGUUGAAACGCCACCUUAUUUUAACUUGCUAAACUGAGGCUGCUGACGUGCAACCGUAACGCCUCAGAUUAUUUCAUUUUUUAGAGCUGACAAAGUGUGUUGGCACAACUGCUACAAGGAAGUUAAAGUAACCUUGGAGGCACAGCCUUUCUAGGAGUCCUGUUUAUUUCUGAACUUAACUUGAAUUUUACAGGGUAGAAAGAAUCUGCCAGGUUGCCUUGGAUCCAGCCUGGCUUUCACUAUUUUUCAUGUUUUUCACUAUUUCAUUUAGUGGAAAGUGAUCAUGGAGUUGGUUCAACUGCUCUUUGGUUUAGGUACUACUUCCUUAGCUGCCAAUGCAUUGUAGUGCAUUACUUGAUUAUGUAAUAAAGAUUAAGAAUAUAAUAGAUACUCUAACAGUUAAAAUAUUCUUAAAGUACCCAUCCUUUAUUUUACUCUACAUAUCAAACUAUUACAGAAAUUAGCAUUCUUUUCUGAGUAUGUAUUAGAUAUCGCUACAAAAGAGCAGGUAGUAGGUUGUAGAUCACUUCAAUAAGAGUUCACUACAUCUGUUCAGAUGUGAAAUGUUGCUUUGUUCUGUACUAGAAGACCAUGAAGAGAGCCCUGUGAGCCAGGUAUCCUCUCUGUUCCCAGUCAUUUCUGGUGAAAUAGUCCUGUUCAGCCCAUUGAUUUCUUGUGUCGCAUUUUUCAAGGGAAGAAUAUUUUAUUUCUCAAAGUUUAUUAUGUAGCUAAUUGCCUUUUGAAUUCAUUUCUGCCAUCCAGAUCCUCAUGUACCAGCCUCUAAUCUGUAAGCUCCUAAAGUUAAGCAGCCUUUGUCAUAUUAAAAGCCUGCUUCAUCUGGAAGAACCAUCCUUAAACAUGUUCUUGAAUUUGGUGCAAAGCUUUCAGAGCUGCGUGAUGCUAAUGUACUACAGAGUAACCCAGUACUGCUCAGGGGAAAAUAAACAAAAACAUGACUCUAGUGCCUUUCUAGUGUGUGAGAGUAGUGUUGUAUUGAGCAGAGAAGUGAAGCCUCUUAAGCAGGUGUUACUGUCAGAAUGAGCAUCACCAUCAGUAUUGAUAUCAGUCAUAGCAUGCGAUCUGCAGUGAAGUAUUUGUCCAGUAGAGAAGAAGAAACACAUUCAAAUGUGCCCUGCAGUAAUUUUGAAUGAUUCUGUUUAAAUAAUCAUGAAAACCUUUUGGGAAUUUUGACAGUCUGAGGAAAAAAUGGAGUCAUCACUUUCUUAUUAGGUUUAACAUUUUUUGAAAUGUUAUGAAAGGCAGACUUCUCUAGCAAAGUAUAACUUCUGGUGUUGUUAAAACUAACUCUUUGCUUAAUAAUUUGCCUUUAGACAUGGAAUAAUUCAAAAGCAAGACAGAAAAAAAAAGGUCAUGAAAAAGCUUUAUAGGCAUCAGAGGAAGUGUCUGAAACUGUAGACAGACAUCCAUCCGCUACAGUGAUGACGGGAUGCAUAUUGUGGCUUCAGAUGUAGUAUAUUGUGUGAAAAUUAUAAGGAGUGGUCAUGGAAUGCCUUAAAAAGCUUGCAGUUAUUUAGCAAAAAUACUGAAGAUGCCCUGGGCUCUCUGAAAACAGUAGGCUGUAUGCUCCCUUUAGCAUUUCGUAUCAUUAAGCUACUGACAGCAUGCAAUUCCUGAUGUUAGCACUUACGAAGUGUGAUGUGUUAUUGGAGGCAGUCAAAAUACCAUACCAAGAAGUUGCUGUAGGAGUACUGUAAUCUUUUUCAAACGCUUUGGGAAAGCUCUGAUAUUCUUAAUGGUCAUUUUUUUAAAGAUUAUUCUAUAUGCAUUCUAGUAUUCAGGAUUUGCUUUGAGUGUGGUUGAAUGUUGCACCUGAAAAAUACUAGCUGUCCUGGUUAUGCUGUCUGGUUUUGUUUCUGCUUAGGCUGUUUGCUGUUCUUCCCCAUCAGGGAUUAGUCUAAUGAUACUACAAAGAGGAGGAGCUAAGUUGCUAAGCUGCAUUCCAGCAACAGGAAAAAAUGACAAGUAACUUCUUCCUUAAUCUUUUCUGAACUUACAUGGCCAUACUACUGCAAAACUUCAUACUGCCAUUUUAUUGCAUCAGUAAAUCAAGCAUGAGAGUUGCAAGCGACAACUUGCAGGGUGUGUUUUUCUCUUUUCACAUGGCUCUAUUUGCAACAAAAACUGCAGAGAUCAGUUGUGUCUAUCUAAAUGUAGGGCACUCUGGAGAACUUUCUCCAAAUACUUGGUAUUACUUGAGGCUUAUCUCAGAAUACAAAGAAUAAUUACAUAUUCAUAUCUUUUGAGAUAAAAUCAUAAAGACUUAAACAUUAAAAAAAUCCUACUUAACCCCCACAGAAAGGAUAAAAUUAUGACAUUAUCAAAUUCUACUUCAAUCAAAACUAUUACUUCUACUUUCUGGCAGACUCAGCUUAAUAAUUAGCAUUUUCAAUCAACUUCAGUAAUACUUAUGUGAACAUGUGCUAUGUCUUCAGUGACAGACUGGCUAGAGUUAACAUGUUCAUGACUCCGGGGUGUUUGUGUUCCCGUGAGCUGCAGAUACUCCAGUUGAGUGUGUAAAGUGAUAACAUAACUGUGGUAGGAGAGCAAAGAGAAACUACCAGAAAAAAAGGUUUGUGAUCAUAUAAGCACUUGAUUAUAUGUGAAUGUUCCAAAUGGGGGCAGUUUGUGGAAUGUCUUAUAUUUGUAUUAAAUUUAAGACCUAAUAAAACCACUCAGCUGACAAUCAUCUGUAAGCUGCAAAGAAAGGAACAUGGGGAGGGGGGGGGAGGGGGUGUCUGAAAUGAAAUUGUCUGCUUGCUCUUCCAUUUUGCAGAAUUUUGUCUGCCUUGGCUCAGGUGAACUGAGGACCACCCACCAUCUGACUGAUUCUUGCUCUUGAACAUCUCAGCGUAUGUUUUCUCAGUUCUUAAUGUGAAGUCUGUAACACCUUGCUUUUGGCAGUAGGACAGGCUCUUUAUCUGUCAUGAAUGUUUGCCAGUAGGUAUUUCUGGUACAAAAUUCUGAUUGAUUAGUUGAAACUGGCUUAAAUGGCCAUGUAUGCUCUUCCAGAGAUAUAAACUCAGCACAAGUAAGCCUUUUUUUGAUGAGAAAUAAUACUGCUGUGUAGUGCACUGAAUCAUCACAUGGUUCAUUAAAGUACUGUACUUCCAUUUAAAAAAAAAAAAAGAACAUACAAAACUCAUUGUGCCAAUUCUCAAUUGGAAGAUAAAGGCUUCACAAUAAGACUUUCAUCAUUAUGUGGUUGUAGUAUAAUAUAUAGGCAAGCAGGUGUUUUAAAUUUUGAUACUGAAUACUGUGUAUGUUUUUUUUUCACUUCAGUGGAAGUUACUGAACUUUCUCAUUAGUUUCUUCCACACAAGUGUUGCACUGAAUAAAUUCCUCCUUUAGAUGCAAAGCAUACGUCAGAUUUGGAGUCAGUCUUUUUCAAGAAUUUAGAUUUGCGGUCUGUAAAUCAGAUGCUGUAUUGCAGAAUUCGUUCCACAUUUGCAUUAAAAUCUAACUUCUGGAAUUGCUUAGAUAACUUGCAGUGUUCACAGUUAGUUUGUAUCAUGUCAUUUUUCUGAGUAUGCAGAUGUGAAAAUCUUGUGCACCUGCAGCUGAAGACUUUUAGUGCACAGAAGCCUUUAUAAAUGCAGGCUUAGAAUAAUUCAACAUAUUCUUCUGGUAAGGAGAUAACACAUUCUCUAAUGACUAUUAAUGCCAAAUAAAAUACCUAGAUGGUGGGACAUCAGUAGCAUAAAGUUGGUAGCAUUUUUGGCAGCAGCAUUCCUGUAAGAAGCAGUACUGAUCUUAGCCUCUGUUGUAAUGGAGGGAUCGACUGAAUUUCAUCACUAUCAGAGUAAUUUGUCUUAAAUGUUGUUAAGAUCUGGAUGAAGCAACUGCACCGCUGCCACACAUGCUCUCAUCUCCUGUGUAUUCUCCUUAAAUAGUACUUUUGUCAAAGAAGUACUCAACUUAGGAGUGUCAAAGCCAAAGAUGUCUCUUUUCAAAUAUAGCAGUAAUUGUUGCUGUGAUGUGCUGCAGAGUUCCAUAGCUCCUGGAUAUAGCGAGUCAUUGCUGUGAGUAGGACUAACUAAUCAUCUUACAGCAUUACUUUGUUUCAUUAAAGAAACAGUUCACAGAGUGCAAUAAAAAUCAAGCCCAAGCAUGAACAGUUAGUUAAGAUUUAGUAUUAGCAAUACAUGACAUGUAAAUGAAAACUCUCACAGGCUUUGUAUUGCAAGCUGCCUAGUUGAAUUUCCAAGUUAAUUUUGCUACUACUAGAAAUGCUGCCUUCACUCAGUUAUUUUGUUGUUGCUGCUUUUGCUCAGCUGCAAGCUGAAAUUAAAAUGCGCUUUGAAAAUGAGAACCAUACAUUUUAACUCUUCUUUAGUCUUCUGCUGUACCUACUAUAAUAGGUUUCUCCAAUAUAGAUAUCUAUUACAAUAGGUAGAGUAGAUAUCUCCAAUAGUUGCCAGAAAAUUAAUAGUGCCAUACAUAGAGCAUCAUCUUAGUAAAGCUGGAACGCUUCCCGAAAGGUUCAAACUAGGCUAAUUUGGUGGCUGAGACUUCUAAUUCUGAAAUGUACCAAGAGGAUUGUUUGAUUCCUUCAAAAAUUGGCUUUGAGGAGGAGAUAGUUCAAACUACAGACCUGAUAGGAAGAGGCAAGGAGAUCAGCAAAGCAUCAUUUUCCUCAUAGAAUGUCAGCUAAAAUAAGAAAAGUCAGUACACACGAAUAUUCAGUCAGUCAAGUCCUUAAGAGCUCUUCUUUGCUGACUGAUAGCAAACGUGUAUCUUAUUCACAAUGUGGGUUGAGAACGUGAAUGUUCACCUCAGGCUCUCAAGCUAAUUUCUUAAUUAGACGUCUGUUUCACAUAAUGUUCUUCUUCAUUCUUCUCAUACUGACUUGCCUCAAAGAGAGGAAGAGAAUCUUGGGAGAUGGGUGAACAGUUCCCAUACCUCCAGAUCAGGUGGCUGAGGGUGGUAGAAAAGGGAUCCUUUCCUUAAGAAGAUCCUGUCACGUAGUACCGCAUACUAUUCAGUCACUGUAACCAGCAGCCUCCUCCAGUCCUAGUGUGCCUAAUCUCUAUGCAGUCAGGAAGGGUGUUGGAAAAAAGAAGUCCUUGAUACCUGCUGAGGUGAAAGAACUGCUGAAGACAGUGAUACUGAUGCUGAGACGUGCCACCCUUCAACCUUUGGAGUGUGGGCAUAAGCAAAAAGGCUCAUCUGUUGAUAUUCCCUGAAAUUGUUUUAUGCUCUGUGGAACCUGUAGGUAGUUGCAUGUGUCAUCUGUAGAAAUAUGAUACCACUGUACCACUUUCUAGCACAGUUUGUAAAGUACCAGGGUGGCAUGAGUGUUGUGUGAUCAUAAAAUCAUGGAAUGGCUUGGGUUGGAAGGGACCUUAAAGAUUGAGUUCCAACCCCCUGCAGUGGUCAGACUUGCCAUCCACUAAUUCAGAUUGCCCAAAGCACCAUCCAACCUGGCCUUGAACAGCUCCAAGGAUGGGGUAUCCACACCCUCUCUGGGCAGUCUGUGCCUCACUACCCUCUGAGUAAAGAAUUUCAUUAGCAAACUUGCCCUUGAUCCCACUGGACUUCCAACGUAACUAAUAAAGAUGUUGAAGAGGACCCCUGGGGGGGCACCACUUGUGAACAGCCUCCACUUGGACGUAGAGCUGCUGACCACAACCAUCUGGAGUAUUGUUUGCAGUACAUGCUGUUAUCAUCUCUCUCUGUUCUGGUGAAAAGGAAACAGUUUUACAAGGUUCAGGCUUGUCCCUGUAGGAGCAGAUCACUAUGAUGCAGGGAAGUAGUAUCAAAGCAUAAUAUGGGCAUCGUGUUCAGCUGUCUGGUACACUGCCCACCUCUGCUGCUUUGUCAGUGCCUAAAGCUGGCCCUUGCACAGUAUUACUCAGCAGAUUUGUCCUUAUGUAUGCAUAUGCUUAUACUCACAUACUUAUUUUUGCUAGCAGGUUACCUGAUGGAAGGGGAAGUGAGCACUUCUUUUCUCUGAAGUCACAGUGAGGUUCUGUAGUUAAGCUUCUAAAUACUAUUUUUUUUAGAUUUCUCUGGUCUGAAGGCUGUUUCUUGCUCUACCUGUAGGACAUCUCACAGUGAAAAAUUAACCUACAUAUAGCUUUUUAUUGGUGGCAAAAGAAUCCAUCACCUUUCAAAAGGAGGGGUCAAUAGAUUCGUAUCUAACAAAAAGUGUAUUAGGAGAGAAGAUUAAAUUCAUUCAUCUUAAGCGGUAAAAGUAUAAAUGCUGUUGUGUUGGGUUUCAGUUUUGAGUGGUAAUUCAUUCUAAUUACAUACUUAAUGGGUUGCAGCCACAGCACAAGACAGUUGUUCUCUUCCCUCUGAAGUCAGUUCUGAAGCUUUACUCGUUUGAAACUUGAGGAGAAUGUCAAUAUGUGUUCUUGCCUAUUUCAUUUUUUAACUUAUCUUUUAAUGUUGUGAGAGUAAACAUCUGCAGCCUGUGUGAGCUCGAGUCACAACUUAAAAACUGACAUUAGUCCAUGUUAGUAAAUGCGUUAUCUUCCUUGUUUCCUUUUUAAUGUUCUAGGAUAGUAUUGUUAACUGGAUUUUCAGUGCAUUUAAAGUCAGGACCAUAACUGGCCGGAGAGCACGCAAAUUCCUGUUUUGUCUCGUACGAUGCUGCAGGCUCUUGGCACUAAACAAAUGAACAAAAAACCUUGCUGCACUAAGAUAAGAGGCUAAUUUUACAGGUACAGCAUUUCAUAAAUCAUAUUGCAGUUGACCAUUCAGAGCUGGAGAAUUAAUUCUUAUUUAGAAAUCUAGUCAAAUGGGAAUGGAUGCAGGCUUAUUAAAAACAAAUGUCACAUUGCUUUUUGAUAAAUAGAUUUCUAGGUCAAAAUGACUGAUGCUUAUGUGAUUUUUUUUUUUAAAUAUAAAUAUGGCUAAUUACUUUAGAAGGUCUACGGUUUCGUCAGUGUAUCCUAUAUAAAUGAUUAUGAUGUACAAUUUUCCUGGAAGUACUGCAGUAUUGUAUUUAUUGGAUUUUUUUUAAUAUCCCUUGACUGGUACUAUGAUAGUUCAGUGAGUGAACCAUACAGGUUUGCUGGCAUCUGGAUUUGAAUUUCAAUUCCUUUUAUUCUUUCACUGUGUGUGGACAAAACCUACUCAUAACCUCUUUGUGGCUGUCAUUCAGAUAUUAGCCAUGUUUUGCUGAUUAAAUGAGCAGGAGCUUGAUGAGUCUUGCAGUCUUGAGUGACACGAGCUUCCUUCUGUUGAAAUGAACUAUUUUAAAGUAAACCAGUGAUAUUUUGAGGGGUCCUAAAUACACAAGAGAGUUUAAUGUAGUGUUUAAAUUUUUGUUUGUCACUGAUGUAAAUGGAUACUUUCAGGAAAUAGGCGAAAUGAAAAAUACAUAUAAGCUUUUCUAGUCUUGAGUGAAAACUGUAAUAAAGUCUUUCGUGGUGGGUUACCCAUCUAACCUCUUCUCUGUUACAGUUUUCCAUUUAGUCAUGUAACUUUAGCAAAAAAAAAAGUAAUCAUUAACACUUCAACUAAAUACCAGUUGAAAUAUCUACUAGGAGGGCUGGAUUUAUGGAAGUUGCUUGUUUUAGAAGUGGCAUUUACCCAGGCUGUUGUAAGCCUAAGGUUUAACUAUAGAUCAACACAUCAUCUUGCAUCCCAUGGAUUUUAUGAAUUUUUAAACUGGUUUGAUGAAAGAGCAUGGUAUCCACUGGGAAGAAUAGUUGGUGGAACUGUAUACCCAGGACUGAUGGUGACAGCAGGCCUUAUACAUUGGAUUUUAAAUAUGCUUAAUGUGACAGUCCAUAUAAGAGACGUGUGUGUGUUCCUAGCACCAGUUUUUAGCGGCCUUACAGCUAUUUCUACUUUCCUGCUCACCAGAGAACUGUGGAACCAGGGAGCAGGGCUUCUAGCUGCCUGUUUUAUUGCCAUAGUUCCAGGUUACAUAUCUCGAUCAGUAGCAGGAUCAUUUGACAAUGAAGGCAUAGCUAUUUUUGCACUGCAGUUCACAUACUAUUUAUGGGUGAAGUCGGUGAAAACUGGGUCAGUCUUUUGGACAAUCUGCUGCUGUCUAUCUUACUUCUACAUGGUCUCUGCAUGGGGUGGUUACGUUUUCAUCAUCAACCUUAUUCCACUGCAUGUGUUUGUUCUGCUGCUGAUGCAAAGGUACAGCAGGAGGGUCUACAUUGCAUAUAGCACUUUCUACAUCGUCGGGUUAAUAUUAUCAAUGCAGAUACCUUUUGUGGGAUUUCAACCAAUUAGAACAAGUGAACACAUGGCAGCUGCAGGUGUUUUUGCAUUGCUGCAGGCAUAUGCAUUUUUGCAGUAUCUGAGAGAUAGGCUAACAAAGCAAGAGUUUCAGACCUUGUUCUUCUUGGGUGUCUCACUGGCUGCUGGUAUUGUAUUCCUGAGUGUCAUCUAUUUGACGUACACAGGCUAUAUCGCUCCUUGGAGCGGCAGAUUUUAUUCACUGUGGGACACUGGGUAUGCGAAAAUUCACAUCCCGAUCAUUGCCUCUGUGUCUGAGCAUCAGCCUACAACAUGGGUUUCCUUCUUUUUUGAUCUGCAUAUUCUCGUGUGUACUUUCCCAGCAGGGCUGUGGUUCUGUAUCAAAAACAUCAAUGAUGAAAGAGUCUUUGUUGCUCUGUAUGCAAUCAGUGCCGUUUACUUUGCUGGUGUGAUGGUUCGUCUGAUGCUCACUCUGACUCCUGUGGUCUGUAUGCUGUCUGCAAUUGCUUUCUCUAAUGUCUUUGAGCGUUAUUUGGGUGAUGAUAUGAAGAGGGAAAAUCCGCCAAUAGAGGACAGCAGUGAUGAGGACGACAAAAGGAACCCUGGCAACCUGUAUGAUAAGGCAGGCAAAGUGAGAAAACAUGUAUCUGAACAGGAGAAAACAGAAGAAGGACUAGGUCCCAACAUCAAAAACAUUGUUACUAUGCUGAUGUUGAUGCUGUUGAUGAUGUUUGCUGUCCACUGUACCUGGGUAACAAGCAAUGCGUACUCCAGCCCUAGCGUUGUUCUUGCUUCUUAUAACCAUGAUGGCACUCGGAAUAUCCUGGAUGACUUCAGGGAAGCCUACUACUGGCUGAGACAAAACACAGACGAGCACGCCAGAGUAAUGUCGUGGUGGGACUACGGUUAUCAGAUCGCAGGGAUGGCCAAUCGGACCACGCUGGUUGACAACAACACUUGGAACAACAGCCACAUAGCUCUGGUGGGCAAGGCCAUGUCCUCCAAUGAGUCGGCAGCAUAUGAGAUCAUGCGAAGUCUGGAUGUGGAUUAUGUUUUGAUUAUCUUUGGUGGUGUGAUAGGCUAUUCCGGUGAUGAUAUCAAUAAGUUCUUGUGGAUGGUGAGAAUAGCAGAGGGAGAACAUCCCAAAGAUAUUCGGGAAAGCGAUUACUUCACUCCUCAGGGAGAAUUCCGGGUAGACAAGGCAGGUUCUCCAACGCUGCUGAACUGCCUCAUGUAUAAGAUGUCCUAUUACAGAUUUGGAGAGAUGCAGCUGGAUUUUCGGACACCCCCAGGAUUUGAUCGUACGCGAAACGCUGAGAUUGGAAACAAAGACAUUAAAUUUAAACAUCUGGAGGAAGCCUUUACCUCAGAGCACUGGCUGGUUAGAAUAUACAAGGUGAAACAACUAGACAACAGGGAGACGUUGGAUCAUAAACUUAGAGUAACCAACAUUGUACCGAAACAGAAGUAUUUGUCAAAGAAGACCUCCAAAAGGAAGCGUGGCUACAUUAAGAAUAAACUAAUUUUAAAGAAAGGCAAGAGACCCAACAGGAAGACAGUUUAAAUACACUGUUCCGAAUGCUAAUACGAAGCAGUUGUCCUUGAGAUAACCGGUCUUUGCCUUUAGCUCAAGUCAUGUUUCACAGCAACAUGAGGGUACAGAACCAUCAUUGGUCCAGAUUAUUGUACAAAAUUUUCAGGCAAUGUCUGAUUAAAAAUAUUGGCUUAUUGAGAACAGCUGUUUUAGAUUUGUAAUGUGAAGCAAGACAGAGCUGCUAGCCAAGUCUAGCAGUGUUUUUUUUAUUGGUACAUAUUAUCCUUCAAAUCGGUUGAGAAUUUGGACUGACUGCACCAAAGAACCCUGUAAUUUGGUCCUUGGCACAUGCACACUUGUCAAUCUUUUUUGGAAAACGUUCAGCUGAAGAGCAGCAGCAUGUAAACUGGAAUGGUUAAAUCUAAAAUGACUUGUUUUCGACAAUUACGAGGAAAUAAAGCUGUCUUUGAAAUUAAACUUUCAAAAUAAGUUCCUCCCAUAAUUACUGCUCCAUGGUUUCUUCAACCGUCCUUCCCUCUCGCUGCAGGCUGGUUUUGAUCUGGGGUGUAAGAAGCGAAGCUGCAGUUCCCAGCAGAGCUGACAGGACAGAUAACCGGGGGACGGCUCCGACCGGAUGAGCUGCUUUUGGUUAACAGCGAUUGCAGUAUUGCUGCCUUACGCUAUCGUUUCAUCAGGUAGACGAGGCAAACCUUGCACAUUACAGAUACAAGGGCUACAUUUGCAUCCUCCGGAAAAAUCUGAAUCGACAGUAAUGAAUGCUAUAGAAACGUACAGCUGAGCACCGUACGGCAGUUGGUGCUUCAGAACUGAAACUAAACUACUUUAGGUAAAUGUUUACAUUAGUAAAACAAGCCGAGCCUGGUGUAGGAAAGAAAAAGGUUGACAGGUAUACGACCCCUUUUCUGUGGCUGGCAGCGGUAGAGGGUUUGCAAACCUCUUCCCCCUCACCGCCUUCACCCGCAAGGGCAGACGUUCUUCUGGAAAUCUGUUUCUCUGCCUCUUUAUUUAGUGCUCACAUCACCUGAAGGAAUCCCCGCUCUGGCGCUAUUGGCUUCGUCUGUCUUUUAUACUGAUUUCCUGUUUGUUUUUUGUUGUUUCUCUUUUCGAAGCAAAAGGUGGUGAAAACUGUCACAUUAAAUGCACUAAAGUAAUAGAAACGGAGAUUGAACGCGUUCACUUUCCAGCUAUAGGGAAACUUUAUACAGACUUGAACAUUUUCUUUUGAUAAAAUGGAAGAAAGGGUUUUGCAGUUUGUUUUCCUGCCACAGGUUGUUACUUUUUACAGAAACACCACUUGCAUCAAUAACUCGCUGUGCAGUGCAGACCAGUAUGUACCUUUCAUGAAGAAAAUGUAAAUUUACAGUGUUCUUAUGCGAAUGUUACUGCUGACUUCUUUCCCGAGGUGUAGAAUAUUUUUGAUUUAUGAACUCAUUUCCAACUCCAGUGGUUUUUACAGACCAAUACUACAGCUGCAGCGUUUUCACAGAGGUAAUUAAAUCUGGAUUUCUGGCCCUGUCAUUUGGAGAUUUCAUUUUUAUUUCGUUGCUUUCAAGCUCAAUGCAGACCAGUUGUUGACUGUAGGGGAAAAUAAAGUUAAUUCAAGUUUUGUGUUAA